CUCACUCUUGAGAACCGCGCUGCGUGUACGACAUUCUUACAAUUGCUUUUCAGAGCUCCGGUCUCUAUUAGCGCCGUCGAACGCAAUACACGCACCGUGACCCAAUCAAGCAUCCACCGAUGUAUACUAGUUUUUUUCUCGCUUAUUGUCGUUGUAAGCUGACCUAAUGUACAUGUGGUUUAGUGGUAAGUGUACUAAGUCGUUAUUGUAUUUACUCAUUAGCUUACAUGUCCCAGAGGUAGGAUGCGAAGCUGUGAGAGCUGGUCUGGCAGCUGUUUUUGGGUGGGGUGCAUGCGCAAAGGCACCAGAUGUGGCGUUGAUACGAGAAGACUACACAAUUUAUUGGAACUCUGACACGUCACUUGGAGCAAAACCACCAUCAAAUCACUGCGUCGACCCGAAGGGCGAUGAUGAGCACCUACAGCUUCUGGACGUCAUUCCCGUAGUUCUUUAUCAUACUCGAAUAUCUUCAUCAACGAUCUCGGAUGAGCACUGGCAUAUGUGGCUGCCUUCGGGAUGGAAGUUCUACUAUCGGAGUUGUCUUAUUUCUUUUCUUCCAUCGAAGGGAUGGUGAGAUAAAUCGGACGAGAACUUUUUCAAGUUUCCAACGAAUUGAGCAAUUUCGUGGACCUUCCUAGUGCUCAAGGUGACGUAUAUUCCUUUGGAGGUGUCAUGUUUCAAGUGCGUCUCAGUGUUUG